UAAUUCAAAGGCCGGCCCCCGGACUUCUUCAGAAAUUCGAAUCAUUCUGGGAGUGGUACCAAACUACCAACCAUUUGAUUCAAGCUCUGAGAAAUACGACACCAUUUCGGAUCUGCAACCGACCGUGCUUUCAAUGGUGAAGGGACUACCACUACUCCAAGGAGCGCAAAACGUCCCGCCCGACGUGGCGCAGGUGGUCGAUCAGCUGGAGCGCCACUGCUUGGCCCCCGAUGGAUCCCUCGUCCCCAGACCCGCCUACUACGACCUCCAACUCGCGAGAGAGGAAAUGUCGAGGGAAAGACUGCGAUACUUGGAAGCCAUGGCAAUUUAUUGCGAGGCCAUAGCAAUGGUGGAGGAGUAUCAACAGGCAGUUUCAGUGGGGAACCUGCGCGAUAUCCAGGGUUUAUACCCGCAGCUUGGCUUGAACAACUCCCCUCAAGUAUAUAAGACUCUAGAGCAUCGAAUGAUGCUUGCAGAAGCAGCUCAAAAGUUGAGGCUUCCUCUUAUCUCCAAAGAUGGUGAAAUUCAUGAGGAUGACAUUGAGAAAAUGAGCACAAUGUCACGAAGUUCCCUUGAUAGUACAAGUACUAGUGUCACAAUCAGCUCAAGCUCCAACUCAAUGAAUUAUACUACUGCAAAUAGUGCCACUAGUGCAGCUAAUAAUUCUGUUAUUGCUGGUGAUAUGGUGGAACCUGGAGUUGGUGGUGUUCCUAAUCGCUUUCUUGGAAUAACACCUGCUUAUUUAUGGCAAACGCAACUCCAGCAAAUGCCAUUACCUGUGGAUAUGGCAGAAUACCAGAUGUCUCUUUCUCAUGAGAUUGAGGCUCGUUUGAAAGCUAAAUGUGAUACGUUAGCUGAUGCCUUUGUAAUGGAUGAUGUUGACUUGUCAUCUGGGCAACAAACUUCAAGUGGUCGCCUUCCAGAAAGGGUAAAGUUGAUAAUUGAGGAGAUUGAAAGGGAAGAAGCAGCUUUGCGAGAAGAACUCUAUUCUGCAGACAGAAAAUUUGCUGAAUACUAUAAUGUCUUAGAGCAAAUACUUGGGAUUCUUAUUAAGCUUGUUAAAGAUUUGAAGUUGCAGCAUCAACACAAAUAUGAUGAUUUGCAAAAGACAUGGCUGUGCAAAAGGUGUGAGACUAUGAGUGCAAAAUUAAGGGUUCUGGAGCAUGUUCUCCUGCUGGAAACUUAUACUCAGGAGUCAAUACCAGCCCUUAAUAAAAUAAGGAAGUAUCUUCUUGAGGCUACAGAAGAAGCUUCUAUUGCAUAUAAUAAAGCGGUUACACGUCUCCGCGAGUAUCAAGGUGUUGAUCCUCACUUCGAUACAAUUGCAAGGCAGUACCAUGAUAUCGUGAAGAAAUUGGAAAAUAUGCAAUGGACAAUACACCAAGUUGAAAUGGACCUGAAACGCUUACCAGAGCACCAAAUUACAUGAACUUUUGGUUUUCCCUUAGGUUUUAAUGGCCCCUUUUGUUUUGAAUCUGAUGCCACUUCUGUGUCGGGGCAUCAUAUUGUCUAAAUGCCAGUGUUAAAACAAAGUCUUUUUAUUGAUUUGGGUUGGUGCUUGGUUUCUCAAUGGCUUACCCAGCUUCCACCACUCUGUAAAUACAACGAAAAAAUCUAUUUGCAAACAUAAUUGUGUAUUAA